CCAUUCACUGAAAUGGACUCCUCCCAGCUCUAUCCUUUAGCGGCCUUGGAGACUGGGAGUUACCACGGCAGAAUUAUUACUUCCCAAUUCCCAGAACUAUAUAAACCCCCUCCGAAGCGAUGCACCGCGGCGCUGCGAAGAUGGCCGCAAUCCACUGCAAAUCUCCCCUCCCCUUUGAAACCAUCCCUCUGCCCCAUAAACCCGUCUCUCGCCUCCCCAAUCCGGCCCUAAUGUCUUCGAUUUUGGGCCGGAGAACACUUCUGGGCGUUCGAUUCCCGUGCUGUUUCCUCCAAUCCUUGCCCAAUUCUACCUCUGGUGGUGGCUUGCCGGGUUUGGGUCGUCUUGGGUUUGGAUUUGGGCCGAAAGGCUUGGAUUUUGUUCGGGUUCGAGCGGUUUCGGACGGUGGUUCCGGUUCCGGCGGUGAUGGUGGUGGCUAUGGGGAGCCGGGAUAUGGGGGCGCUGGUGGCGGAGGUGGUGAUGAGGGCGGUGGGGAUGAUUGGUUCUUAUUCUCAUGGUACAUGAUGGCACUUGAUAAGUACCCAGUGACAACCAAAGCAAUAACAUCUGCAUUUCUGACUCUCAUUGGUGAUUUAAUUUGUCAGCUUUUAAUCGAUCAGGUGUCAAAAUUGGAUUUUAGGCGAACAUUUGUGUUCACUCUUUUGGGACUUGUUUUGGUGGGUCCCACGUUGCAUUUUUGGUACCUGUACCUAAGUAAAUUGGUGACAGUGCCUGGAGCAUCAGGUGCAUUCUUACGGCUUUUGCUUGAUCAGUUUGUAUUCUCUCCCAUCUUCAUAGGAGUUUUCUUAACUUCACUUGUCACCUUAGAGGGAAGGCCUUCUCAUAUUAAGCCAAAGCUUCAGCAGGAGUGGUUUUCAUCAGUUGUAGCGAAUUGGCAGUUAUGGAUCCCAUUCCAAUUUCUCAACUUUCGAUUUGUUCCGCAGAAGUUUCAGGUUCUUGUUGCGAAUUUUGUGGCUCUUGCAUGGAAUGUCAUUCUGUCAUUUAAAGCUCACAAAGAAGUUGUAUUGAAAUAGAUAUUGAUGGAGCAUCAGAGAGUGUUCAAUGGAGCAUCAGAUUCGUUGCCAGACAUGAAUUUGAUAUCAGUCUUUUUUGGAUUAAAAUGAAUUUGAUAUCUGGUAAUCAGCUAGAACAAUCAGGUAGCUUCUUUAUCACAAAGAUUUUUUUUUUUUGAAAUUGUAGCUGAUGCAUUGGUAUUGGGAGGGACAAGAAUUCUAUAUUCGAACUGCUUUCAUAUCUUUCCACCCUUCGAUUUUUCUUCUUCCAGCAAGGGCAAAUUACUGGAAACAAUAUUAUUGCUGAGCUGUCGAAUCCUUGCAAUCCACCCCACACUAGUUGUACUCAACCAAAGGAGGCCAAAAAAAAAAACAGGAGAGAAAAUUUUGUGAUUUCAAGAUCUAAGAUGCCAGAAUCUACAUUUUCAUGUGCACCAAAUUGCUUAUGGAAAGGAAAUUAUAUAACAUAACAUUUCGCUACUUUUGAGAAAGAA